CUCAGAAACCUCAGCUCUCUUUAGGGAAAACCAAAAGCACACCAGCUUCCCACCGCCAUGGCCUGCUGUGCUCCCUGCUGCUGCAGUGUCCCCACCGGCCCCGCCACCACCAUCUGCUCCUCUGACAAGUGCUGCCGCUGUGGAGUCUGCCUGCCCAGCACCUGCCCGCACACCACCUGGCUGCUGGAGCCCACCUGCUGUGACAACUGCCCCCCGCCCUGCCACAUCCCUCAGCCCUGUGUGCCCACCUGCUUCCUGCUCAACUCCUGCCAGCCCACCCCGUGUCUGGAGACCAUCAACCUCACCACCUGCACUCAGCCCUGCUGUGAGCCCUGCCUCCCCAGCUGCUGCUGAUGGAGGGCCGCUGCACUCGGCGCCUGAGGAUGAAGGACCCAGGAGCUGUCUGUUCAGGAUUCACUUGCCUCAGUAGUUUAUCAGAGGUCGAGGCAGACCAGAGGGCACAAGUACGGAAAACCUACCUUUCAUUUUAAUGGAAAGGAAAAUUUUAAAAUGGUUAUGGUUAUUUGGCUGGGUAAUCAUUUGAUUCAUUUGGGCAGGUGACUAUCAUCUACUGUCAAAAGACAUUACAAUCUGCGAGACUUCAGACAAUAUUUUCUUGGUCAUGUUGCUUCCUGGAUUCCAUUUCUUGUCUUGGAUAUUUUCAUAAAGCGGGGGGAAAAAUUCAUAAUGGGUUUUCCAAUAAACUUUGUUUCUCUGGCAA